ACUUCUGUCAGUUAUCAAAUAUUAUUAUUUUUUCAGAUCAUGAUAGUUAAGUUGUAAAGAAUCUGGCGAAAAAUCUUGGUUACCCGUACCCUGUUUACCCAACUUAACAGCUAUGGAGGUUGAAAAUUUCGUUUCAAAAACUCUUGAGCUCCUACAAGAAGAGAGAGAAGCUGAACUGGAAGAAACACGCGCAUGGCAGGAGAAUGUGUCUCUCAAGAAUCUACAGCACAAAGGAGUGUGUCUGAUGAAACUUCAGAUCGGAAGCCAGCACACUGGAAUGUAUGGCAGACUUCUAGUCAUUUUUGAACCCAGGAAAUGCAUAGGGCUCUCAGUUCUACCCAGCAACACUUUUGGACCUGGUGAUAUUAUAGGCUUGUAUCAGGCAGAGGGUCAGGCUCUGCCUACUCAGUUGGGGUCAGGUGUGGUGACUCGUGCUACUCAAGCAUCUCUGACGGUGGCUUUUGAUGACACACAGGAUGGUACUAAUUUAGACAGAGAUGGACUCUACAACCUAAUGAAACUGGCAAAUGAUGUGACCUACAGGCGGCUGUCAAGUGCACUAAAGUCUUUAAAUGGAUACAGCAACGGUCCUGCAUCUCACCUGAUCAGUGUUCUUUUUGGUUACUCUCAACCAGGGAUCUUAUCACAUCUGUAUGCAUUGGAAUUUAACAACACCAAGUUAGAUGAUUCUCAGAAAGAGGCUGUGUCGUUUGCAAUAUCUCAAAAAGAUGUUGCAAUCAUACAUGGACCACCAGGCACUGGCAAAACUACUACAGUGGUUGAAGUGAUCCUGCAGGCAGUGAAACAACAACAAAAGGUCUUGUGCUGCGCUCCUUCAAAUGUGGCUGUUGAUAACUUGGUGGAGCGUCUGGCGAAGAAUAAGGUCAAGGUUUUAAGACUGGGUCACCCAGCACGUCUGCUCGAGUCUAUUCAGAAACACUCGCUGGAUGCGGUCCUUGCACACAGUGACAACACCAACAUCAUUUCUGAUAUUCGCAAAGACAUGGACAAAGCGUUUAAUGAAAUUAAGAAGGCACGCGACAAAGGCCAGCGGAGCAAUCUGAGACGGGAAAUCGGGGAACUGCGGCGAGAGCUGAGGACCAGAGAGGAAACUGCUAUCAGUCAGAUCCUGAAAAGAGCCGAUGUUAUUCUAGCAACGAACACUGGAGCCUCUGAUGACGGUCCUCUUAAACAUCUUCCUAAUGAUCAUUUUGACCUGGUGGUGAUAGAUGAGUGCGCUCAGGCUCUGGAGAGCAGCUGUUGGAUCGCUCUGCUUAAAGCACGCAAAUGUAUACUGGCUGGGGAUUACAAACAGCUGCCGCCCACUAUCAAAUCACAGAGUGCUGCAUCUAAAGGCCUGUCUGUCAGUUUAAUGGAGAGGCUGAUCAAGAAAUAUGGAGACUCGGUGGUUCGAAUGCUGACCACACAGUACCGUAUGAACAGUGCCAUCAUGCAGUGGGCUUCAGAGCAGAUGUAUCAGGGAAAACUCAUUGCACAUCCUUCAGUGGAGAAGCACUUGCUUAGAGACCUGGCAGGUGUUGCGGAUGUUGAGGAAACCAGAAUUCCUCUUCUGCUCGUUGACACUGCAGGCUGUGGACUGAAUGAGAUGGAGAACACAGAUGAGCAGUCCAAAGGGAAUCAAGGAGAAGUGGAUAUUGUGGCUCUUCAUAUCAAAGCUCUUACCGAGGCUGGAGUUCAAGUCAAAGACAUUGCGAUUAUUGCUCCCUAUAAUCUUCAGGUGGAUCUUUUGAGGCAGAAACUGUCCCAUAAAUAUGCAGAGCUGGAAAUUAAGUCUGUUGAUGGCUUCCAGGGCAGAGAGAAGGAGGCAGUGGUGUUGUCAUUGGUCAGAUCCAACAGGAAGGGUGAGGUUGGCUUUCUUGCUGAAGACCGAAGGAUCAAUGUGGCUGUGACUCGUGCCAGACGGCAGCUCGUUGUGGUUUGUGAUUCUCAAACGGUUCGAAACCACGACUUCCUCAAAUCACUAGUGGACUAUAUGUCUAAGCAUGGAGAACUUCGCACCGCCUUUGAGUACCUGGAAGACUGUGUAGCGCAGAAUUACACUCGUGAUGAAAAGGACAAACAGAACAAAGGUAAAGACACCACAUCCGCAAAGCAGAAGACCAAGAAGCAGGACAAGAAGCCAGAGCAGGAACACAAGAAAAGUGCAAACAACAAAAACAGUGGAGCCAAUCAGUCCGGUGUUCAUCAUAAUAACACCAAUUCACACCAUCCUAAACCCAAAGAUGCAGAUCAGACGCAAAGUAAAAGAAAGGAGAUCAAGGAGCAACUUUUGAACUUUCUUAAAGAUCCAGACAAGACAGAACUAGAGUUUCCUUCCACUUUAAAUUCCCAUGAUCGUCUACUGGUCCAUGAGCUCUCUGAAGAAAUUGGUUUGAGGCACGAAAGCCAGGGAGAAGGGAAAAGCCGCCACAUCACUGUGUCCCGGUCUCCAUCAGGACUCGGUAAUGAGCCUAAACCUGAUAAACCAGAUGAAGCCCCAUGUACAGUUGCAAAUGUACAAGAAGAGUCACCAAAUAAACCCUCGCAGCCAACCGUUGAUCUGAAAAGCCUACAUUUGGAGCGCAUGCGACGAGAGCAGGAGAAACGAGAGGAGAAAAAACAGCAAAAACAACAGAGUGCCAGACCGGAACCAAAUUUUACUGCUAGUAAAAGCCAGUUCGUUAAGAAACCUAAAGGAACUUCCAAAGGAACUUCAAAGAUAAAAGCAGGAGCCACAGAUAUUGCUGCGGCUGCCAAUGGAGAUGAUGAUUUUGAUGCUCUCAUCAAUGCUGUGGUUAAAGCAGAAAGUGUGUGUGGUUUUGUGAAAUGCAAAGCCAGUGUGCUGACGCUAGGACAACUCUGCAUUUACUGUAACAGACAGUACUGCUUGAGUCACCAUAUACCCGAGGUUCACGGAUGUGGAGACAAGGCAAAAUCUCAGGCUAGAAUGAGGAUAAGCAAAGAAGGAGUGCUCUACGCAGGAAGUGGACAGAAGGACAAAUCAGUGGAUCCAAACAAAAAAGCAUAUCUACAGAGAAAACUAGACUCUAAACUCAAAGAUAUGGUGUCACAGAGAAAAACAAAAGCCAAAGACAAAGAAAACUGAAAUUCAAUGAGACUCUUUUGAUGCUUUUUUAAUUGAAAUGUGCUGGUAAUUUACUUGAAAGAAAAUGUAUACAGGAAUGUAUAAUGUAUAUAGGAAGAUUUCCUCGCUGUAAGUUUAGGUGAUUAUUUAUUACAGAUACACACUGGCAUGUUGAAAUAUGGGUUUCAGAAUGACUUAAAAUACACACUCUAAUGCUAGUCUGAAUCCCUGCACAAGAUUUAUGUCUUGCAGAAUUGUUGUUGAGAGCUUUGGGGGUUGCUUUUCUUUCUCUCUCAGUUAUUGAUGCGUUAUUAUUUAUGUCAUUUAUAAUCUUUCUAAAGAAAGCCGGUUAAGCAGAGCCUUUG